AUGGUGACGAGCACCCAGCUGCAGUCGAGCGCGGCGAAGAGCAUCGCCGCCCACGCGAUCUCCGGCGCGGCAGGGGGUGCGCCUCUUCACACGAAUCCACCCGUCUACGGCCAGCGGGCGGCAAUGGAGGCCCCUGCCUUCUCCGGCGGGCAGCUGCUGCUGCUUUAUCAACGGAUCGCGGCCUGUGGUGGGCGGGUGCCGCCAAUGGUGGUGCUCGACGUCUGCUCCGCCCUCGACUGCGACGGUGCGGAGUCGGCGGAUUCGGGCGUCGGCGGGUCGCUGCGGGCGACCUCAGCGGAGCAGCAGCCCAUUAACGAGGGCGCCGUGGCAACAAGUGGAUGGGGGGCAACCGCAAAUUCCACCGCGACUUCGAUUCUCCCGCUAUUUUGCAUGCGGAAGUGCCUUCAGCGGUUUAUGCGAAAUGUGAGCCACGCGGCGCGCCAGCUCAAUGUCGGCUACGUAUCGGCCACGUAUGAGGAUCACUAUUGGGCACCUAGCUCUGGGGAUUCUUCCCGCAUUUCGACGCCUUAUGGGUCUAACAAAGGGGAAGGGGUCGUUGGUUUCACGAAGUCACAGACGAGGAGACCACUCCUAGAGCAACCGCUCGAGCUUCUCCUCUCUCGAAUAUGGGCGAGAGAGCUUCAAGCGCUCCAAGCCGAGCGCACGCACUGA